UUCUCCGCGGUACGUAGUAUAGUGGAGAACAUAUGUCUUAACACGGCGAAGCACAAAAUCAUUGAACCAUUUUGUGCACGGGAUUUUUCGCGGGUAUUUGGUAACGAAGAAAUCAGUUCUACGCAAGUUUCCGUACUAGUUACAUCUACUUUAUUGUGCGACGUAAACAAAAUGGACGCAGGCACGGAGCUCAUGGUGGAAAAUAAAGUGAAAGAAGUUUUAAAAACGAAUAAUGAAGUAUUGCUGAAGGACAUCGGCGAAAUGAUGAAUAAGAUAAGUGCAACGUCUUUUUCUUCAAAUUUAAACGCGUUAGAAACGCCUAAAUUCAAGCGCAAAAGCAAUGAAGAACAAUUUAAAUAUAAUUCAAAAGUAGCUGUAAAAUUAGAACAGGCCAGCGGUAGCUUAUCAUCGCAGAAAGUUGAUGAAGCGAAAGAAAAUAUUAUUAAAGCUUUAGAUAUGAUAAAGAAACGACAGAAGCUGGUACAGUUAGCUGACAGUUCUGAGCUGGGCUGGCGCAUGGUGGCGGAAUAUGAAACCAACCCGAUAGCAAGUGACAGCGAUGAUGAAAAGAAAAUGUAUAAGGCUGAGGCGAGAGCAGCGAGGAAGGUGAAAUCUGAGAAGUCCAAGAUCCGUCGUGGUCGGGCAUUUCCUUACAGACGUCAACGACAAGUUCCAGAUACUCCGUCGUCGUCUGGCGUAAUGCAGCGUAACAGACGUCCAGGUUUAUGCUUUACUUGCGGAAAGCCCGGUCACUGGAAGAUGGAAUGCAAUCAAAAUAGUAGCAACAGUAACAAUAAGUUAGGUAGAUCUAGUUCAUGUAUGUUUUGCAAAUGUAAAGAUUCAAAAUUUGAUACAAAUAUUGAAAAACUGUCUGUUGCUGGUAAGAAAACCAGUCAGAAUGAAAUGUCUGAUAUGCAGCGUAGAUCUACAGAGGGUACUGUAGAUGGCGUUUAUGGUUCUUUUGAUCAAAGUGUCUCAUGUGCAAAUACCAGUUUUAAUGAUACAGGACAUAGCAGCACAGAUUCUAUAAAUAAUCAUGACACACACUGUGUGAAAAUGUUCAUAAUAUAAACGUUCAAAAUUGUAACGUAAAUGAG